CGGCCGGAUGAUGAUGAUGAUGAGCUUGUGUCGGCGUGCGAGCUAAUCCCACGAUGGUGCUUAGUUAGUUUAAAAGUGCGCGCUAAGAGUGUUUUACUUGAAAUCGCCAAUGGCGGUUACAGUGUAUCCGGGUUAAGCGGUUGAGUGGAAAUGCUGGUGCUUAUAGAUUUAAUCAAUUAACUAACAUCCGUUUACAUGAUUGAUGUGCCAUCGGGUGAAUAUAUAUUUUCGGAAGGAAAUUGAAUCAACGGAGGACGGUGUAAUUAAAACCGGUUAAGCGAAUGCAAAUGUUACCGCCGGCUGGAGGAGUUGUGUUGUUGUGGUGCAUUUAAUUAGGGACGAAUGCUACUUUAUUGCGAAUGUUGAAGGUGUAGUGAAGGUUUGGCAGUGCUUGUAAUGAAAACAGAGCUCUCUCUUAUCAAUCAUCGUUUCAAAAGUAACAAAUUUGAUACAAAGAGGUUUGUAAUUAGUUGAAAAGUGAAUACAUCCGCGUUAUUCAAGGAGAUUGUCGAUUGAUAGAAAACGUCGUCUGCAUUGCGUGGAAAGUGAUCGAAUAUAAGAUGAUUUUUCCUUUCGGAUGGAACAUGGAUAUACGAUACCCGCUACUACUGACGCUGAUCGGAAUGAUUGAUCUCGUCAUCACGCUGAAGGACGUGCGCGUCAGUGUUCCGGUUGCCAUCAGGCGGGGCGAUAAUGCAAAUUUGAUCUGCCAUUACGACAUGGAGGGCGCCGAGCUGUACUCCGUCAAGUGGUACAAGGGAAAGCGCGAGUUUUUCCGCUACACGCCGAAGGAAAUUCCCGCACUGAAAUCGUUCGUCGUCGCGGGCCUGUCGGUGGAGCGCCCCCUGUCGAACGGCAGCCAUCUGACGCUGGUGGCGGUGGAGCCGGCAGCAACAGGCAAAUACAGCUGCGAAGUGUCUGCCGAUCUACCGUCGUUCGAUACGAUGAUCGUGUCCAGCGAGAUGGAAGUUGUUGACGUCCCUGUUACAAAGCCGCUAAUUACGGGCAUCAAACAGUUCUACCGAAUAGGUGACGUGGUGCUGGGCAACUGCACGUCCUACAACUCGAAACCGGCAGCAAAUCUUACCUGGCUGCUGGACGACAAAAAGAUCAAUGCGUCGCAAAUGAUGCAGUACCCGAUCUACAAGGACCAGCGGAGCGGACUUGACACAUCCACCCUUGGGCUAUUUUUUCAUCUCUCCCAUCACUUUCUAGGACGGAGUAAACUCAAAUUUAGCUGCAUUGCUGUAAUCUACGACGUGUACGAGCAGCGCGUCGAUCGGUGGAUCGAGGACGAACGACCAAAGCUGAUGGCGGCAUCGGCUUCUCCGGUUGGGCUCAAUCCAGUCAACUAUGUACACUCGAUCUACGACCAGUCGUCGGCAGCAUCUUCCUACCACCAUCACGAUAGCAGCGAUUUUGACAAUCAAAACAGUGAUGCCUACAUGACGCAAAUACAAGGAGACAUGUCAUCUACAGCAUCCAGAGCGGGUGGUGCGGAGCGAAUAAUCCUUACGCUCGGUGCUCUGCAUCCAGCCAGCCGGACAGCAGUGGCAGCGGUUAUGCAAAUAGUGUUUUCGACCCUGGUGGCACUUCUUUCCGGUGGCAGUGUAGGUCAACGGCCGGCGUCUUGUGGUCGGCACCGGUCCAUCCCUUCCCUGGUGGCGUUGGUUUGAGCGCUCUGAAUGGUCUUAGCUCGUUGUGAUGAUAGUGGCCGCCCUUGUCCCACAACUAAACACACACACAUUUGCACGUUUUUUGGGUCGGUAGUAGUGGGAAUUGCAUUGUGAGUGGUUUCCCGGUUGUUCGGUUACUCUGAGUACCCGGAAAACGGUUCAGCGAGUGUCAUUUAGAACGAGCACAGGGAAAAAUGAGGCAAAAUGUGAAGAACCACCCGAAUCCACAAAACUCCCCCAGUGUUUUUGUGUGUGUGUGGUAUCCGUUGUCCCACAAAACCAUCCGGCUGGAAAGACUCGGUCAUCGUGUCGGUCGCGCAAAGGAAACUGUCAAACGGGAUGGAAAACAUCAAAAUCUUAGUAAAUGGAAAGUGAGUAAAUGUAAACGAAGAGUGAAGCAAACCCAAAAAAAAAAACGCGCACACACAGCGAAACAUUCGCGCAUGCAGAAAGGCACGCUCGGGCUCCCUAAAGCGCGGGUCAGCAUAACCAGACGCUCCAUUUUCGUUUGUUGUGCGAUGUAAAUAUGGUUCGGUGCGUUACCCGUACAGUCCGUCGGGGGUAGUUAAAAGAAAACAGGAGCAGAAAGUGAAGAAAAAACCAACACUUAGAUUCAUGCUUUUCCCAGCUCCGUGAUCAUCGCAGUAUGAUGCAACGGAUGCAAAAGAUGCAAAAGUGGAUAGUGGUUGAACAAGAGCAAAAAAGGCAAGCAGUCAUUGGAGAAUGCAACCAGAACGGAACCAGUGCAAUAACGGCCAGUGGGCGACAUCAUUGCCUCGGCGAGCACAAGUUUGAAAGAUUUGCUAGUCGACAAAUGAAACAAAUUUAAUAAUAAAAACUGCACCCUCUCCCUCUCAAUGCUGUCUCACCCUAUCCGAUGCAAAAUGUUCUGUUCUGUUGCGUGUACUGACCCGUUAAUGUUUGUGAGCAUUGAAGUAAGAAAGCAGGAGAAGGGGUACACCACGACAGCUCAAAACGCGACUCAACAUUUUCUCCGACGUGAUUUAAAGUGAAUAAAUUUUGCCACCAUCCUUAACGCAACGUGAGCAGUGCCGCUGCUAAAGCAAAUGAAGGAAAGGUUGCAAAAAGAGUAUACAAUCAGCAGGAAAAGAAAAAGCAAGACAUAUUGAAUAUCUCACACUAUGGUAAGGAUGAGGAGAGGGUAAGGAGGAUGAAAGCAAACCAACCAAAAAGCGUCACCACGAAACGAAACUCAUCAACCAAGAGAGUAAAGCACACACACACCCGUUGCACAAGCUCCAGCAAUAGCAGGCUGGAUGAAGAUGUAUUACUGUAUAGGUGUGUGUGUGCGUAUGUGUGAGUGCGUGCGAGUUUGGCCGUUGCUAUGAAACGGUCGCUGAAAAGUAAUUUCCAUUCCGUACCGUUUCAAUGACGACUGGGGAAAAUAAUUUGUCCACCUGUGCAAGGUUCUUCAAUAGGUGACAUAAUAACGAUACGAGCAGAAAAAAUUGCCGCACGAUGAACCUUGGUAUGGUGGUGUAGGAUGUGUGUAAAUAAAUAUACGAACGACAGGUAAAGAUAAGCUAGGUACGCAGCAGAAGUAGAGAGUAAUAAUUAGGAAGGCAUAUGUUGGUUUUCGGCACGGCGAAUAGAUUCGAAAGGCGCAGUGGAUUUCAAUCAUGUUGGUGGGGGCGUUUAAAGGCGCGAUGAAAAAUACACCUAAACGAACGCGCGCACACACACACACACUCACACAUACACAUUCAGACGCAAAUGUAGGAAAUUACACAAGCGGGACAAUGCAACUAAGAUGUCUAAGAAUGUAUUAAUCGAGCGGCAUGAGGCGGUGGAGGGGGAUGCGGCACGACUGUAUAAGAUGUAUAGCGAGAUGUACUGUAGGCGAGACUAAUGAAACUACUUGCGAAUAAAUAAUCUAUCCCUGGUAUACCACGUGCCAGUCUUCAUGUU